GAGGGUGUUAAGUCCUAUGACUUUUGUGGAUUUGAAGAGUACAACUUUAAUGAAAGUGGGUUUUGAGGGAUAAGAAAUAAUCAGUCAGAUAAUAAAAGAAAUAUGUGGGUGUGCAGUUAAUAACAAAAUGGCUGGCAUUAGGACCUCAGGGACAAUAAGCUAGCCGCUUUAAUGCCAAAGGAAGUUGGCGAGGUAAUGUCAGAGAUCAUAGUGCAUGAAGAUGAACAAGUGGCAUGUGCACGACCAGAGAAAAACACCAGAGAUCACAGCUUAGGGUGAUGGUACUACGACCAGCCCGGGCGUGUUAUCUCCAUUUGUCUGGAUUCUUCAAAUUCAACUCACUUCAGUGAUCUGAUGGGACCUGUUUUUGACGUAUUUCUGUGGCUAUAUCCCAUAGAGAGUCCUUGCAUCAUAUUAUAAAGAACUGCCUUCUUUUUAUAUGGAUAAGAAAGGCAUCUAAUGCAUUUCCGCCCUAUUUUGUGUCUGGCGCACUUAAUUCAGUCCAUAUCUUGUGAUGGCUUUGCAAGACCAUGGCAGGACAACAGGUUUUCCUUGCAAACAGUGUGGUAUGGUGUGUCCCAGUAUGCCCAGUCUAGUCGAACAUAUGGAGUGCCAUCAGGAGCAAGAUGAAGAACGCAAGUUUAAAUGUGAUGAAUGUGGACGUGGUUAUAGGCAUGCUGGUAGCCUAACUAACCACAAAAAGACUCACGAAGUAGGUUCUUUUCAGUGUAAUAUAUGUGGAAAAGAAAACUCUAAUGCCUCGGCCCUGAAGAGUCAUCUCCGGAGCCACACUUCCCUUAAAAAGUAUUCCUGUGCGGAAUGUGGAAAAGCUUUUCGCCUGGCAACGCAGCUGGCUACACAUCAGAGGGUUCAUUUUGCCAGACAAGCAAAAGAGCAGUCAUAUCGGAAGGUGGACACGGAAUAUUCCUCAUAUAAAAACAGACAUGAACUUGAAAACGAUCACCCACAUCAUCUUAGUGAGCACUUGGCCAGCGUUGGGAUUUCCACAGUAAAUGGCCCAUCUGAGGACAAGGCUGAGAUUGUUUAUAAUGUGCAAUCGGAGACCUCAGAGGAUGCAGUAAAUCGACCAUUCAGGUGUGAUUUAUGUGACAAGUCAUACAUACACCAUCGAAGCCUGACCAACCAUAAAAAGACUCACCAAGUGGGAACAUUUGAGUGCACAGUAUGUUUCAAACUGUUCAGUAACAUGGCUGCCCUUUACAGCCAUCAGCGAACACACAAGGCGAGAGGCGGGACUGACCUCACUUCGACAGGUGGGUCAUAUGCAGGCACACUUCUUGACCAGUUUUCACCUCAGAGCCAAGAUGCUCCAGUAAACUUUUGUCAUUUAUGUCAGGUACUUUUCCCAAACAAUGAGGAGUUCCAGGAACACAUCCAAAUGCAUAACUCUUCAUCUCUGUCAUUUGGUCUUCAAGAUCCAUUGUCAGAGAGCCACAGUGUAUCAUAUGAAAACAGUAUUGCUUCACCCGAGUCCAACUUUUAUGCUUCUCCUAUAAACAAUAUUCCUCCGGUGUCAUCAAUGGAUAGUCAUGGAGACUUUGAUACACAAGAGAAGAUUAGAAGUAACGCUCACAUGUACUCUGACUGCUCCAGUGAUCAAACCCCAUCGUCCAAUAGCACUCAGGGAGAUCCCCCAAUCAUGGACACAAAUACUCUCAGUCCUACCCUGAUGCCCACACAAAAUAAUUGCAAUGCACCUGAAAUUGAAGAGACUUCAACUGUAGAUUCUGAUGAGCGUCCCUUCAAGUGUCAGAUCUGCGGUAAAAGCUACCGGCACUCUGGGAGCCUCAUCAACCACAAAAGGUCACAUCAGGUUGGGAUUUACCAGUGUUCCAUCUGCAGGAAGAAUUACCCUCACCUGGCAGCCCUCAAAAGUCAUCUUCGCCUCCACAAAGCUCAGCCGUCUUCUCUUAAUCUCAGUGCUGAGGGAGACUGGCUCUCCUCAGAGCCUCUGACUUUGGAUAACCAGCAGGGCUGCUUCUCCUCCCAGGAUGAAGAAGAGAACAGUGCUCAUCCUGUGCUUUGUAUGGAUCAGGAGAAUGGAAUUGAUGGCAGGAAUGGAGCACUGUACCACGAGCAGUUUAAUCAGGACUUCUCCCAGGAUAUGACUGUGCAUCUACCUCACAAUGAACACCUGAUGCAGAGGCACAUGUGUGCAGACUGUGGUGAGACAUUUGCAGAUAUUGCAGGGAUUAAGUCUCACAGCUGCCCAUUGCUGCAUCAGCAACAUAACACUACUAAUGGUGACUAUCACAACAGUUUAAACUUCCAGGUCAGUAAUGGCCAUUGUGAAGUUGGAAAUCCAGGAAUUAAUGUUGAGUUCCAGGGUCUGAAUGCUAGCCACAACCAAAGUCACUUUGAACAAAAUUUCCAAGAAAAUGUUGUAAGUGAACGGCUGAACAGUGGCCAAGAAGAUGUUAACACAGAUGAGGAAGAUGAUGGUGACCUUUAUCAGUGCUCCAUAUGUGGCAACAGCUACACAACCAUGAGGGCUCUCAGGAGCCAUCUCCGAGGGCACACACAAUCCCACGGCACUCCUACAAGCUCAGGUCCUUCUUCCACAUCCUCUCAUGAAGAUUUGAAAGAUGAGGAGUCAGGAGAAAUGAUGAUCUGUAGUACAUGUGGGGAAAGUUUUGCCAAUCAGCAAGACUUGAUUGCUCAUCAGCUUGUGCACAAUCAGGACCAGGUAGAUAAUGUUAAACCUUUCCACAUUAAUAAUGAUGUUUCUGAAAGCAAGGAGGAAGCGCAAAACAUCAUCUGUGGAAGCUGUGGCAUCUUUUGCACCAGCUACCAUCAUCUUGAGAACCACAACUGCACAGCUGAGAGGAAACAGGAGUUAGUGGACAGCAAGGAGGAAGUGAAAGUAAACAAGGUUGCCCAGCACCAAGACACGGGUGCUGACAAAGACAUGGUCAAUACUGAGAAACGUCAAUACAAGUGUGAUCAGUGUGGCCGGUCAUACAGGCACGCUGGCUCCCUCCUCAACCACAAAAAGUCACACAAAACGGGUGUCUUCAGAUGUCUCGUCUGCCAGAAACGCUUCUACAACCUGCUGGCCCUUAAAAAUCAUCAGAGAUCCCAUUUUGAUAUUAAGAGGCAUACGUGUCACGAGUGUGGGAAAGCUUUCAAAAUUCAGAAGCAGCUACUGAAUCACCUGAGAAGGCACAAAGAGAACCAAGCCAAAAUCCAGGAACUCAAUAGCCAGAUCCAGGCCCUUAUGCAGAUGAAUGGGACCAGGUCAGAUGGAGGAAUGCAGCCCUUAGCUUCAGAUGCCAAUCAGGAUUGUAAUUCUGCUCUGCGCUGCAAGGAGCCAACUGAAGAAAGAGAAACGCAGACAAAGUCGGAGAUGUCAGUGAAAUCGGAGGAUGCAGGUGACCGACGACCUUUUGCCUGUGACCAGUGUGGUCGCACGUAUCGCCAUGCAGGAAGUUUGGUUAACCAUAGAAACUCUCAUAAAACGGGUCAAUAUUCCUGCUCAGUUUGCAACAACACUUACACCAACCAGCUAGCAAUGAAGAACCACUUACGCACCCACUUUGCAUAUAAAAGGCACUCUUGCCAAAACUGUGGAAAGGGCUUUAGAGGAAGGAAGCAGCUUUUAGCUCAUGUCUGUGGAGACCUCAGAAAAGAUAGGUCUGGAGUCAGAAGGGGUCUAAAAUCUAAAGCCUUUAAGUGUAAGGAAUGUAAACAGGCCUUUUUCUCUGCAGACCAGCUGGCAGCCCACACCUGUGAUCAACCUUCGGGUAGCAGGGAAGCAGAUUUAAAUACGUUUCCAAAUAAAGAGGAGCGACCUUUCAGGUGCAACAUAUGUAAUCGCAGCUAUCGCCAUGCAGGCUCACUGUUGAAUCACAAAAAUACCCACAAGACGGGGCACUACUGUUGCAACUUCUGUUCUAAGCCCUUCACUAACCCCAUGGCUUUGCGCAAUCACACACGCAUCCACACGCAAAAGAAGAAAUACGUGUGUCUGACAUGUGGAAAGGCCUUCCGUCUCGCCAGCAUUCUGCACAAUCACCAGAGGGUCCACAAUCGGGCGGUGAAUCACUUUAGCUGCUCUUCAUGUGGGAAAAGCUUCCAGGGCAGGUCUGGCUUGAAGAGGCAUCGCUGCCGCAGAGGUCAGGAGAACGCAGGAUCUGGAGUCCAGCAGUCAGAGAGAGGAGACAAGUGUUUCAUGUGUGACUUGUGUGGGCGCUCCUAUCGCCAUGCGGGCUCCCUUCUCAAUCAUAAAAAGACACACUCCGAAAGCCUCCACCACUGCACCUUGUGUCUCCAAACAUUUCCCGAUCCCGUCACUCUGCAGAUACACUCCCAGAUGAGGCGUCAAUGCUGCCCCGAGUGUGGCAAGACCUUCUGUCUGGUCACCCACCUACAGAGCCACAUGGAGGUGCACUCAAAGGACCAGGUUGUGGUCUGCAGCUUGUGCCAGCAGAGCUUUCCCGACGCAGCCAGCUAUCAGGAGCACCAUAACAUGCACCACGUGGCUCAGGACCACUACCAACAAGACCAGGAUGACGCUAUAGAUAACAACCUCUGCUGGGACUCAGGAGUCAGUCAGUCCAUGGGAAUGGGAGGGAUGCACAGUGAAGUUCCACCACCUUUGUCCCAUAUUCCAGGAAGCAUUCCUAAUUCAGAGAAGAACAACAACACUUCUGCGACAGAGGAGAAGAGCCACGUCUGUGAGCACUGUGGGCGUACUUACCGUCAUGCCGGCUCCCUCCUCAACCACAAGAACAGCCACAAGACGGGCUCCUUCUUCUGCUCAGUGUGCCAGAAGGAGUUCACCAACCUGAUGGCCCUGAAGAACCACCGACGGAUUCACACAGAGCCCAAGCGCUACCAGUGCCUGGAGUGUGGGAAGGCGUUCCGGGUGUCCACUCAGCUCAUAUGUCACCGAAGGAUACACACCAAAGAGAAGCCUUUUGCCUGCCUGCUGUGCGACAAGAGCUUUUCCAGCAAGUCCAACCUGCGGCACCAUCAGAAGAUGCACCAGAACACCCAGACCUUCGACUCCUCAUUUAACAUGGACGCUAAUGCAUUUAUGGACCUUGACAUGGGGUCUUUUCUUUAAAGAAGUACUAAAUGGCAUAUAAAAGAAGAGGACAUAUGGUCCUCAUAUGCUUGUGUUAUUUAUCCCUCGAUCAGUAAUUGUAAAACAGUAUUUAUUUUUUUUCAGAAAGUGCUCCUUGGUUCUAACAGAUGCUCCUUUGAAGAUACGCACUUUUCAUCACUGACUUCCAGUCUUACCUCCAAAAAAAAAAAAAAAAAACAGAUGGUGACAUCAAUGGGACAUCUCCAGAGGGAUUGUUAGUCAGCUUUUAAUAAGACCUGAAUGUUUCCCAUGGAUACACGGGAUCCCUUAAAACCGGGCAGGUGAUGAAAAGAUUAGUAUUCACUCAUUCCUCAAUGAUGAACCAGCCAACCAAAGUGAACAGAGAAGGUUCAUGUAAGAACAUAAAGCCGAUGACACAUUUUUGUACAACAGUACUGUUAUAACUCUCGCUAUGUAUAAUUGUGUUCAGUGCCUCUGUGAGUUCCCUAGGAAACUAAAUAUACAAACUGUAUAUAACUCUGAAUCUUUUUGUUAGCUCUGCCAUCAGUGUUGAGGGACUGCUCGCCUUCCUCAUAUCAGGCAGGCCGGUUAAUUUUAAGUCAAAUACCUCUGGGUGUGUUGAAAGGUCAAAGUGAUUAACUGAAACCAUAUUACGAAAUAAAUAGUCGUACUGCUAAUAAUAUUCAAUAUUGACAUUCACGUCGAGUGACAUCGUAUGCUAAAAUGGAUGUAUUUAUUAAUUUAUUCUUAUUUUUAUUCGCAUAUUUUAUUAGGAAAAACUUUCUGAAUGUUGUAAAAGCUGUCUUCUAAAACUCAUGUAGCCUUUGAGGGAUUUCUCAUCAGUCGAUUGGUUACUCAUUAAUUUUCAGAAUAGGCAGGACCGAGCGAGCCAAGGAUGGUGUGUUAUUGUUAGCACUCAGGGUUAACCUUUAAAAGGAACGUACCUGGUGUGUAAUACAUUCUAAAAAAUCUGUUCUCAAACUGAGCAUAGUUGUUUUUGUUUUUUUUGUUUUUUUUUCUUUCAUCUUUGAAAAGCAUCAGUCACAUUUCAGUGCCAGUGCCUAAAACGUACAUUGAUUGUAGCAGUUUGAUGUUAACAAACCUCAUUUCUCUCUGAGCGUUAUACUGUAAAUGUUUUUUUCUUUUUCUAAUGGUAAAUUUAAUUUAAUUGUAAAUUUGUUUAAUGUAUCUUUGGACCUGGAUCUCCUCAGUUCUAGUUACACUUUCAUUAAAACAGUCAACACUAGCAUUGCACCCAUGCUUAUGGAAACAGGCAACAAAUUAAAGGAGAAACCAACAUGAUUGCUCAAGGCCCUAAAGUGAGAGCCCUGACACCAUCAUUUUUAUCCUCAUCAAACCAUUCAGUGACCCACCCACCCACCCACCCCUCUUGGGGCAGUAUAACGCGUCACCUCUAAAGGAACAAGAAGACUUAAACAUACCAGAAACAUUGCCCACCACUUUAUAUGAAUGAGACUGGAUCCCUCUGCUGCAGGGAUAUUUUAUUUUUCCUUUUUUUCGCCUGUCUGUCCGCGGCCAUAAUGCCUCAUUUCUACUAAGCACAAUUAUUAAAAUACAAACUUACCAGAGCUUUAUUUAUAGUGAAAACCGGUUUCAUAUUUACUGUUCAUAAACCUGUUAUUGUUGCAAGAUGUGCAAUUAUUUUAUUUUUUUUAUUAUUUUUGGUCAAGUUGUGUAAUGUGCCUGUUUUGUUUUUGUUGUUUUGUUUUUUUCUUACACUUUAGACGUCUAUCAAAAGUAGACACGCAGGAUUUGUUUUUCUAACGUUUUUUUUUUU